CCGUAACCUAUUUAAAAAACCACGAUACAAAUAAAUCAUACUUUAAAACUCAAAUAAAUCUCAAUUACAUAAUUGCAUAAUAAGUGCAUCGGUCGAGCGCCGAUAAACGUUUUUUUGCCAUAGGUAUCUAACGGUGCGCCCGGCCGACAUAGGUACUUAUCGCCAUAACUUAGCCGGCCUGCUUAUAGUAAACAACAUCGGAGUAAUUAGCAUUAAAUUCGUAAGAAAGUGUUUGUUUAUGUUCCCGGUUCAUUGUGCUGGUGUUUUUGGUGAAACAGAGUGUUGAUAGUGCUAAGAAGGUAAAUACUAAGUGCAAUUUAAGAUGGAUGAAGCCUUGUUUAAAGAGUUAACUAAGAAGAGGGGUCAUAUUAAGUCGCGAUUAACUAAAUUUUCAGGUUAUAUACGCGAGUUAGCCGAAAAAGUAUGGUGUGCGGCUCAGGUGACGGAACUGCAACUUCGGAUUGCUAAAUUAGAAUGUGUUUACAACACGUAUGACGAGAUUCAAACCAAGUUGGAGUAUAUGGCGGAGGAUGACGAGGCCCAAUUGAACGAGAGGUCUGAUUUCGAGGAUCUGUACUACUCGUCAGUCGCGGCGGCUAAGGAAUUAGUAACCAUGCAUACCAAGGUCGCGCCUAGCGAUGGGGUUUCCGACAAUAAUACACGGCGUCAUCCACAUGUAAAAUGUAAGUUACCUACCAUUACUUUACCCAAAUUUGGAGGCUCGUAUGAUACAUGGCUUGAGUUUCGCGACACAUUUGAUAGUUUGAUUAAUAAUGACGACUCCAUCGAUGAUGUAAACAAGUUUCAUUAUUUGCGGGCUUCAUUAGAAGGCAGUGCCGCGGUAAUUGUACAAUCAUUAGCAUUAUCUAGUAGUAACUAUAAAAUAGCUUGGCAAUUAUUAUGCGACAGAUACAACAAUAAGCGGUUAUUGGUGAAUAAUCAUAUCAAGGCCAUAUUUAAUAUAACCCCAAUUACCAAGGAGUCAUCGACAGCUAUUCGGCAUCUUAUUGACGCGAUAUGCAAAAAUAUACGUGCGUUAGCGACCCUUGAUGAACCAACCACCCAUUGGGACACAUUAUUAGUGUAUAUAAUAUGUCAAAAACUUGACAAUGUUACGAGACGAGAGUGGGAGGAGUUUGUGCCUAGUUGCGAAACAAUUACUUUCGAUGCUAUCAUACAUUUCCUCAGCGAUCGUGCGGAUCUAUUGGAAACCAUGGCGAUGGAUGGCCCCGAACGUCGCGCGUCCUGGCCGCUCGCCGCCGGCGCCGGCGCUGCCUCCGCGGCGCACGCGCGCUCCGCCGUGCAACGGGUAAAGGAAAAAUGUUUCGUAGGACUAGAUGAACGUGAAACCGAUACUGAGCGAACCAAAUGGAGGCAAGCCAAGGGUCAACUGGCUACCGAUACCAUGGUCGUCGUCAAAGAAGACAACCUGCCUCCAAUGAAAUGGAAGCUCGGCAGAAUAGUUAGCGUCAUCCCUGGAUCUGAUGGCAUCAAUCGCGUGGCCGACAUCAGGACGUCGUCUGGGAUCAUCCGUCGUGCGUUCAGCAAAAUAUGUCCACUGCCAGUCGAAAAUUAACUCUUCAGUUGAAAGACCAAGCUUUCAACGUGGGCGGGCAUGUUGUAACGAAACGCAAGGCUUCACCGGAGACUGCGGCGAGACGGGGGCGACCUCUGUUGAUGAUAUUCUCUCUAGCUAACGUUGUGACAUUGCAACUUUGAACUUGAAACAAGCAACAUAAUUUUCUAAUUUUUAUAUAUGUACUUGUGUGGCAGAAUACAGUACAUUUCUAUUUUUAAACAAUUUUUUAUUCUGCCUGGUCCUUCUACA